UGUUGGCAACCGUGGUUGGGAAGGUGUAAGGUUUGUAAGUGGUAAUUGACGCCAAUAUUGUGUAUUGUAAUUGUGUGUGAAAUGUAUGUUCGAAUGACGUAAUUUUCGGCAAUAUGACUUCAGACAAAGAACAAGGUGACACUGAGCUUAUUUUCGCACGCAAUAUGGAAUACAAAGACCCAAUUGAAGAGGAAUGGGAGAUAUUUCAGAAAGAAAUGAAGGAGCAGUCCACAGUAUCUGCACAGAGCAUUGCUAAAGAUCAUGAAGAAGCCACAGCAGAAAGGCAUAUCGAUGAGAUUGACGAAGAGAUGCAGAACUGGUCCAGAGUGCUGGACCUGGAGAAUGAGAUAAAAGCAGUGAAAGCCGCAAAGAGAAGAAGCAAUGCUGGUGAUGAUGACCUUGAAGUGUCUAGUGCAGAUGAAGCUGAAUUUGAUGAGUACCUAGACUGGAGAGCAAAGAAGUCAUAUGGAUAAUAAAUUUAUGGAAUUCAUGUCCCACAGAAGAAACAAGCCAUUGCAAAGUGAAAGACAUUUGUUUCAUAUUGUAGACUUAAAUAGCACAUAAUAUAUUUUCUGGUGUUAUGUCAUGUAAAUAUUUGUUAAAAUACAAAGAUUGUACAGUAACUGUAUUAUAAACGA